AUGGCAAGCUACUGCUUCCUCGUCCAAAAGCUGUCCGGAUUCUUCGCGGGCUACGAGUUCAUCCACGUCCCGCGCGCAGAGAAUGAAGCGGCAGACACGCUCACCAAGAUCGCAUCGUCCCGGCAGUCCAUUCCUUUCGGCGUCUCCCUCGAGCAUAUGCACAAGCCGUCCGUCAAGCCGUCUCCGGACUCCGAGUCCAUCCACGUCCCAGCCGACCCAGUCGCGCCUCAACCCGGCCCGGGGACUGCUCCAGCAGACCCGUCCGCGCCUCAACCCGGCCCGGGGAAUGUUCCAGCCGACCCGGCCACACCUCAACCCGGCCCAGGGCUGCCGUACCCGACCCGGGGGCUGCUGAACCCGGCUCGGGGGCUGCCGCCCCAGAGCCGAAAUGGUGGCCGUCUUCGCCGUGGGGACGGCGCCAUCCUGGGCCCUGCCCAUCUCGGAGUUCCUGGAGAAUGGGUCCUCCCCAUGGACGAGACUGAAGCUCGGCAAGUGCAGCGCCGGGCGUCUGCCUACAGUAUCAUCAACAACGAGCUCGUCAAAUGCAGCUCCACCGGCGUAUUCCGGCGCUGCGUUGAGCAAGACAAGGGCAUUGAGAUUCUCCUCGACAUACCCCAGGGCGAGUGCGGGCACCACGCCACCUCACGGUCCCUUGUGGCCAAGGCUUUCCGCCAUGGUUUCUACUGUCCCAUGGCCCUCGAAGAAGCAGUGUCACUCAUCCUCAAGUGCGAGGGAUGCCAGCGCUUCAGCAAGCGCAGCCACUAG